ACCAGACGCCUCGAUCAGGAUCUCAUUUUGAAAAGUAGCUCGAGGAUUUGUCGCUUAUUAUUGAGUUUUGUUGGGGGGUUUUUCGUGCAGGAUAUGAUGUGAGCUCUAGGGGGGGUCACCCAUUUCAUCUCGGUGCCUGAUGGGUUUUCCAAAUCCGCAAACUGCAUUGAUUGACAUGGCCACAGGAUUUUCUCACCGCAAGGCAAAUGUAGCAUAAUGCUGCUAAAAAACAACAACAUUCGUUUAUAUCAAACGAAAGAACAAGGAGAUGAAUGGAUUAAAGCAAUGCUAAAAACAAGGGCUUAAAAGCAACGACAAACAACAGAUAAACAACAGUGAUCGCAUGCCUGACAAAGUCAGAGACCAGCAACAGAUCUGGAUAGUCUACCCCAUAGGUUGUAUUCAAGUAAAAUGGAGGAUAGUUUUGAUUGUGACUGUGGCGAGCUUGAGCCACCUGAUAAUUAAGUGAACAUUUAUUUUGAAGACUUAACAGGGCCAGAAAAAUUUCGUUUUUAUAAAUCAGGAGACUUGACCGGAAACAUAAAUACUAAAAAAAAAAAAAAAAAAAAAAAAAAAAAAAAAAAAAAAAAAGGAAGAUGAUUUGUGGAUUUCCUAUGAAGCUGCUCAGGACCAGUCAUACACUGAAUGUAUCUGCACUGUGAGGAUGCAACUACAUGCUUUUUUUUAGUUUAAUAUAAUUCAGUGCCAUUUUGGUUUUUUUUCCUUUUCCAAUUGGCCUCAAACUUCAUUCCAUUUUCUUAAAUUGUAGAGCUUAUCAGCUGAAGAUAUCCUCAUACAAAAAGGAUUUGGGAAGGAAUUCCUGUUUUAAAAAAAAUAUAUAAUUCCUCCCAUUAGUGAACAUGGAAAGAAAAUAUGAUUAUAUAUUAGAGUCGCAUAUUUGAGAGUGACGGCUAGCCAGGGGGGACUUGGUAGUCGUCUGUACAGGGGUUAGUUAGUUCAGCCUCUAAAGCAAGGGGGGGGGGAUUAUCCAAUUAUUCCUGUGGUGGUGUUUAAGUUGGGCUAGGAACAGGCAAGAACAGAGGCAGAAGUUUGGCAUAAACUGCUAAAACCAUUCGUCAUGGCGGAGAAGUUUGAGUCACUGAUGAACAUCCAUGGCUUUGACCUGGGUUCUCGCUACAUGGACUUGAAACCCCUGGGCUACGGAGGGAAUGGCCUGGUGUUCUCAGCUGUUGAUACCGACUGUGACAAGCGCGUGGCGGUAAAGAAGAUAAUCUUGACCGAUCCCCAAAGUGUGAAGCACGCCCUGCGGGAAAUCAAGAUUAUCAGAAGACUUGAUCACGACAACAUUGUCAAGGUGUUUGAGACGCUAGGCCCUUGUGGUCGCAGUCUGACAGAGGAUGUGGCGUCACUCACAGAGGUGAACUCUGUCUACAUCGUCCAGGAGUACAUGGAGACUGAUCUCUGUCAGCUGCUGGAGAGGGGCCCUAUGUCUGAGGGCCAUGCCCGGCUCUUCAUGUACCAGCUGUUAAGGGGCCUAAAGUACAUCCACUCAGCCAAUGUGCUUCACCGUGACCUCAAGCCUGCUAACCUGUUUGUCAACACAGAGGACCUGGUACUGAAGAUUGGAGACUUUGGGCUGGCCCGCAUCAUGGAUCCUCACUACUCUCACAAGGGCCAUCUCUCUGAAGGCCUUGUCACAAAGUGGUACAGAUCUCCUCGCCUGCUGCUCUCACCUAACAACUACACCAAAGCCAUUGACUUGUGGGCUGCUGGCUGCAUCUUUUCUGAGAUGCUGACGGGGAAAACUCUCUUUGCAGGAGCACAUGAACUCGAGCAGAUGCAGCUGAUCCUGGAAUCUAUUCCCGUGCUGCGAGAGGAAGACCGACAAGAGCUUCACAGUGUCAUCCCCGUCUUCAUCCGCAAUGACAUGUCGAAGCCUGACACACCUCUUGUUAAGCUGCUGGCUGGUGUCAGUCCACAGGCCCUGGAUUUUUUGGAGAAGAUCCUCACCUUUAACCCCAUGGAUCGUCUAACAGCCGAAGAGGCCCUGGCCCACCCCUAUAUGGCUGACUACUCCUUCCCCCUGGAUGAGCCGGUCUCUCUGCAUCCCUUUCAUAUUGAAGAUGAAGUAGAUGACAUCCUGCUCAUGGACCAGAGCCACAGCCAUACCUGGGACAGGUAUCAUGAGAGCCAGUUCUCAGAGGCUGAUUGGCAGUUGCACAGCACCCAUGACCCAGAUGAAGUUCAGGUUGACCCAAGGGCACUCUCUGACGUUACAGAUGAAGAGGAGGUCCAGGUUGAUCCCCGUAAAUAUGCUGACGGAGAUCGAGAGAAGUUCUGGGAUGACCCGUCCUUCGACUACUCAACUCUGCUCCCAUCAGAGCGAUCUUGGCAGGAAGACCACCACGAGAACAAGUACUGUGAUGUGCAGUGUAGUCACACAUGCAACUACAAGGCUGUGUCCCCCUCCUACCUAGACAACCUCAUCUGGAGGGACAGUGAAGUUAACCACUACUAUGAACCCAAGCUCAUCAUUGACCUGUCUAACUGGAAGGAGCAACAGAGCAAGGAGAAGGCAGACCGCAAAGCAAAGAGCAAGUGUGAGAAGAACGGGCUAAUGAAGGCCCAGAUUGCACUGAAAGAGGCAGAAACGAGUCCUGCGGAGAAGGACAACGAACAGGAAAAACACCAGGCAGAGAGGCAGCAGAACCAAGGCUUCGACUUUGACUCCUUCAUCGCUAGCACCAUCAGACUGAGCCUGCAGCCAGAGCCCUGUCAGGAGGUGACCCUGCUCAACGAGGUGGGCCUUCUGAACGAGCUCAACUUCUCCGUCUCGCAGCUAGAGGCUCCUCGCUCAACUUCCAUGUCAAAGACUAUUAGUCAGGAGAAGGAGGAGAAGUGCCUGGUAAACCUUGCCCAGUUAGGUGGUGGGGGUUUGGGAGUGGUGGCCGGGGACUGCGUCUGGCCCACUGAGCCCUGGGAGAGCUUCAGAUCCGGGGAGAGCCACGACGACAGCGACUGUUUGAUAGACGAAGCGUGCUGGGACAUUCGUAUGGCGGACCACCUCCAGAAGGAGAGCUCCUGCACCAGCUACCUGGACCGCUUUUUCAGCCGAAAAGAUGACGGGGUCGCAGAGACCGUGACCAGUUUGGAGAUGGAGCCCUCAGUGGUGAAAGAGCUGGACGACAGCUUCCUGGACAGUAACGCAGAGAUUGUGCUCAAUAUGCAGCUGGACUCUCUGGCCUUGCCUGUGUUUGACGGCCCCGACGACUUGCCUCUAAAAUCCAUCCAGGCCUCCCUCUCCCCCUGUGCUGUCAAAUGCUCCCCACAGAUCGCCCACAAAACAUACAGCAGCAUCUUCAAGCAUCUUAAUUAAUAAAAUACUUAUAUCUUCCCUCACAGUGCAAAAUCUAGGCAGUUUUGUUUUUUUAUUUUAAUACAGUAUUAUUGUACUUGAAUCAUUUCACACAUUUCUUUAUUAUAGUUUUUAUUAUUUUGUGGAGUUGAGGGGGUGAUUAAUUAUAUUUGAAGAGUUUCAUCAUCACUCUGAGCCUUGAUCACCUGGCCUUCAUAGGUUAAUGUCUACACCCUCAUUGCUAAACUGGCAUGUCAUUGCACAUGUAAGUACUGUAGAUGGAAGGGAGAGAAGUAGGGAAAUGGAAGGAAAGAGUUUAAGAAAGGAGAUUUUGAAGGAAAGAUUGAUGAGCAAACAUUGCUGUAGGCUUUUAAAGUGCUUUCAACCAGCCUUUCGUGGGUUCGGAUAUUUACAUUAGGGGGAAAGCAAAGAUGGUUGUUUUUUUUUUCUUAUUUGACUUUCUAAUAUGUUUCCCCUAAAGAAAGCUUCCGAAACAAUCCUUUCAUACUGUAAAUCUGACACAUGAUGCCAGCAGCAACCAUUAUCGUAGGCGUUAAAAUGUAAACGUGUUAUCUACCUCAAGGUAACAGCAGUGAGAGACACUCGAAGCCACGCUAGUGCUUUACACACAUGACCAUCCUCAUACCAUGAAAUGAAGUGGUCGCAAAGAUGAAAUCUCUCACUUCGGCAUUUAACACAGUGAGGUGUUUCAGUAGUCAUUAUUUAUUUCUAGCAGAUGUGCGAUCUUUAUUUUAUGAAACUUUGUCAAAUGUGAUUCUUGAAGGUUUGAAGAGCUGAACAGAUUUCCAUUUUCAUUUUAGCACUAUAAGGAUGUGCAAGUGUUCCUUUUUUGUUUUUAACGUAGGAUGCAGAUUCAUGUUUUGUUCUAAAAGAAGUUCAGGCUUUCCAUUUGUUUUCAUAUAUUUUUCUGGGUAUUUUUUUUUUUACAUAUAGGUGCGUUCUGUCUUCGUUGAAAAAAUCUCCUUUAUAAUUUGAAGAAGCACUUAGAAGUCUUACAGUUUUUUUUAAGAAAAUCUUAAGUGUUAAAAAAAGACUGGAGACAACAAAAAGGUACAUUAAAAGCAAAGCUAACGGUGGGUAUAAAGUACGUCAGUUUUAAUUGUAUGUCUUUGUUAGGUUGGUUUUUGUUAAAUUUCUAUGUACUUUUUCCUGGCAAGCAUGAUGAAUUAGAUUAAGGCGUAGCAUGUAGAACAGAUACAGACUUUUUGUUUUGUAAUUAUUGGUUCCCCUGUUCUACAAAAUAUCUGAAAAUAAAAACAACUGGCAAAGA